AUAUUUCCUUUUUCUGCUUGUUUUAGGGUUAGUUGUUAGUUGUUUUGUGCUUGAGCGCUUUAAAAAACCGUGGAGUUCAUUUUGGGGUGUUCUGUGGUUGUGAUUCGGUUGAGGUUUAGAUGAACUCUGAACCCGAUCGAUUUUAACCCUUCUAACUUCCACUCCUGUGUUUAGUUCUUUGGGUCUGAAGUCUCUUUGUGUGAGCUGUCUAACAUGCUUUUGAUGCCUCUGCUCGCGUGUCAGAAGCUCCUCGUCAGACUCACUCUUUGGUUUUCUGCAGGGCAGCAAAGUCCAGACCAGGGUGGGCCUCCUCAUGCUGCUGUGCACAUGGAUCAGCAACUGUCCCAUUGCUGUCACGCACUUCCUGCACAACCAGGAUAACGUUCCCUUUCUGACGGCUCAGAUCUCUGAGAACCUGGGAGAAGACGAGAGGCUGGUGCAGGGCCUUUGUGCGCUGCUGCUCGGCAUCUGUAUCUAUCAUAACGAUAACUCACUGGAAAACUACACCAAGGAGAAGCUAAAGCAGCUGAUUGAGAAGCGCAUCGGAAAGGAGAACUUUGUGGAGAAGCUGGGCUUCAUCACCAAACAUGAACUGUAUUCGCGGGCGGCCCUAAAGCCGCAGCCCGUCUUCCCGUCGCCGGAACAGAUGCUGUUCGACCACGAGUUCACCAAGCUGGUCAAAGACCUGGAAGGGGUGAUCACCAAAGCGGUUCACAAGUCCAGCGAGGAGGACAAAAAGGAGGAAGAGGUGAAGAAGACGUUGGAGCAGCACGACAACAUCGUAACUCGAUACAAGGAGCUGAUCAGAGAACAGGAUGCUCAGAUCCAGGAGCUGAAGGAGCAGGUAGCAGCUCUGUCCUCCCAGCACGAGCAGAUGCAGGCCACUGUCGCACAGCAGCUAUCCCAGAUCCAGCAGCACAAAGACCAGUACAACAUCCUGAAGCUGAAACUAGGUAAGGAGAGUCCGAGUCAGGGGGACGGCUCCCAGCAGAACGGACUGCAGACCGAGGAGCUCUCUCAGCUCAGAGAGGAGCUGGACGAGCUCCGCAAGCAGCACGCAGUCCUGCAGACGCAACUCGCCGAGCGAGACGCACUAAUCACCACCCUGCAGUCGAGCUCCCAGACGACAGAGAGCCCGGCAGGAGGAUCAGACAACACAGAGCUGCUGCAGGAGCUGGAGUUCAAGUUUUUUCAAGAGCCCUCCCCAACCUGUGCGGCGCGUAGCGGAGAGAUAGGCCUGUUUAGGGCAGAGACAGCAAGCACGCGCAGCAAAGUAGCCAUUAGCUGA